UUUAAAUAGUCACAAUGUCGUGACCCUGUGGCGCAAACGCCGCUUGGCUGCUGGGACGAUGUUUAAUUUGGUCAAAUAUUUAAUAAUCAGUAACCUUUUUUCGAAGUUCUGUUUUUGAUUAACAAUUUAGUUAACAGUUAACCAAAUAUUCAAAAAAAACUACGUAAAGGUUACAAAGCGAAAUAACUUUAAUAAAGCGGUGUCCGCUUCGACGAAAUAGUCGCCUUAACUAUUUUUAAUGAUUUUUUUUGCAUGACAUUAGAGCUUUUGAUCUCCGAGGUAAAUUGCACUUUUUGUCCAUUUCUUUAACAAAAAGGCAGCUGAGUGUAGCUGGGCUCCGCUGUAAUGAUGAGUUCACUCGUAAUAAAUGCUGUAGCUGGUGGAAGUUCAAUAACACGGAACAAUGUGUAACACAGGGAGACAUUAAUUAGUGCGAGUCUUCAGUUAUUGGCAUUCGAAAGAAAUGCAUGGGGAGAAUGUGCCAGCGAAGCUCAAUUCAGCCAACCCGACAUUUGAACCUCGAUGUGUGGAAACCGUUUAACUACAAUGAUCUUCGGAAGAUCGUUGGAUUGUCAAUUUUGGUUGUUGCGCUUGACUUUGGACAUGUCCUGCAAACCCUGAACGGUCAGCGAACAGAUUUGGAAGGUCGUACUGAGAGCAGAAUGAUCCAGAGUAGCAGGACAAGCAAUAGAUCCCGCCCUGGAUCGCAGGUCAGGAUUGAAAUUGAUGAGCUGGAACAUCAGCUGCAUGAGAAAAUAAUAUCCAGUGGUUACUUGGCAAUAAAACAACUCUUUAAAGCUAACAAUCCUGAAGGAAGAGGACAGCUUAAUAGGGACAUUCUCCUUAUGGUGCUGACAAAAUUCCUGGGACGAUUUAUCGCUCCAAAACAAUUCCAGCAACUCCUUUUGAGGUUCAAACUGAAUGAAAGAGCGAUCAUUAAAUGUGAAGACUUUUAUGCAGCUGUUAGAGACCCUAUCUCCACAGGAGCAGCCUUGUGGCUCGAUCCCGUGAGCCGACACAGUGACAAUGCUCUGGUGACAGCCUCCCAGGUGCACUCGCAGCUUAAGGAAAAAGUAAGGCAGAGGCUUUUAGACCUGACUGAAAUUCUGCCUCAGAAGAACAUUGAAGGACCGGUUAGGAUCCUUGUUCCCGAGUUCAGGGACAUGCUGAAGCAACUGGGGUAUCACAUGGAAGAUGAAGAGUUUGAUAAAUUGUGGAGAAGAUAUGAUACUGAUGGUCUUGGUGUUAUUAAAGGAGAUGUGCUAAUGAGGAAACUUGGAAAUGAACUCAGGAAUGGAAUGGCACACAACAGUGAAGGGGCUGCUCGAAAACCAUCUGAUCAAAUGAGUUUAGAAAGCUCAGCAAGACUGACUAGGACCCUGACCAAAGCAGAACAUGAGAGGAAAGCUUCUCUUCAUAUUGAAAACUGGCUAAAAGAUAAGUUCAGGGAAGGUUAUAACCUCAUGAAAGAAGAAUUUGAAAAGUAUGACCCAGAGGGAACAGGCAAGGUAUUACACAGGGACUUUCUGUCUGUCCUGGCAACCUUUGACCUACACUUGAAAGACGAACAUUUUAACCUUUUUUUGGCGCGAUGCAAUCUCGAAAACAGCAAAUUUGGGAUCAAAUACAUUGACUUCCUUAGAAACUUCCAGGACAGAAGUGAGAAGGGAAUUCCGCAUAAAAUUUUGAACAACCCGAAGCACAAAUUCAAUUAUGAAGGGAGUGACAGCCUGUGCUCCACGGUAACUGCAAUUGAAGCAAAACUAACAAGCCUCUUUCAGUCAGACUUCCUGGCACUUUUAGCCACCUUUCACAAAAUUGACAAACUUGGAAGGAAUGUUAUCAGCCAACAGGAAUUCCGAGCUGCCAUUGAGAGCAGGUUUGGUGUGGAGAUUACUGAUGAAGAGUUUGAGCUGCUCAUUGACAGAAUCUCCCUUGAUGAAGACGGAAAUGUCCGGUACCCACAAUUCAUGGCCAUGUUUGACUCUAGGAAAGGAGUUUCUAGCCUUUUUGAUGAGAAGAUAUCAAGGCAUAAAGGACUUCACGAGAAACAGUCCUCCAACCAGCUGGACGAAGACGGGAAAUAUGGUAGAACCCUGGAGCAGCUCUUCCAGAUUAUUAAAACACUGUUAUAUAAUCAGUAUCAAGAGGUUGAGAAAGAAUUUGAAGAGCUGGAUGAAAUAAAUUCAAGGCGGCUGAACCAUGAAACUAUGUACCGCCUUCUGAAACGGUUUGAUAUUUGCCCAGAAGUAACUCGUGGCGAGAUUCGCAGGCUUUGGCAAACGCUGAUCACCAACCAGGAUAAGACAUUGGAUUUCCUGGAGUUUGUGAGACAUUUUGGCCACUCUCCUAAAUCCGCCUGUUUCCCCAACGCCAAAAUCAGCCCUCCAAAAAAGGGAGACUGCGAUUUUCGAAUGCGCUCGAAGAACCUCAACUGUGCAUCUGACAUCUUGGUGGACAGUGUUCGUGCCAAAGUGGACUACUUGUGGGACGAUCUUAGAAAAGAAUUUCAGGAGCUUGACCCUUACUGCACUGGCUUUGUGAGCAAGGAAGAGUUUAAAGAUAUCUUGACUGAGCUGUGUAUGAAUUUAAAUGAAUACGAGUGUGAGAUGCUGGCAAAGAAAUUCGAAAUCAAUGGAGAUGGCCGGGUUUUCUACCUUGACUUCUUGAAACCAUUUGCAAUGCGCAGGCAACAAUGGCAAGAGGGAAGCAACAUGGUGGCAGUGCUGCAGCAUCCUAACACUCAUUUUACUGAACGUCAGAGCAAUGAGCUGGACUCCAUCACAACAAGGCUCCGGCAAAAGCUGCAAGGAGAGUGGAAAUCCCUACGCAGAGCCUUUAAGAAGUUAGACAACACCAGCAGUGGUUACCUGUCUCUGCCAGAGUUUCGUGCUGUACUCAAACUCUGCGACCUGUUCCUGAAUGAGGAUGAAGUCUACCAUAUCAUGUCAAAAUUUGAUGAAAACAUGGAAGGAAAAAUCAACUACAAAAAGUUCCUGGAAGAGACCUACAAAAAAGAAAGAAGUUGUGCGGAAAACAAAGCCUCUAACAGCAAAGAGUAAAUGUUGAUGCUUCAGCUGAGAGAUGGCAGGAACAAUGAAUCCAGCCCGUACCCCACUGAAUGAACAUACCUCCACACAAUGGCCACUGUCUCUGGUGUCUGUUCUUGUCAGACUGUGCAGUACCAUUGAUUUCCCUUCCACAGCUGCUCAACCCUUACAAUGGCAAAUAGCUCUAUCUUUCAGAAAUUGCCCAAGUCUCUCUGUGUUUCAAUCAUAACUUUAACCUAAUUCAGAUCAUUUUGCUUUGGGGUGAGAUAAUGAUCUGGGAAAGACCAAGCUCAGGUCACUAGCCUCAGUGACUAAGAUGAUAAAAGGAAAGGAAGAGCUUGCAAUUAUAUAACAAGUUUCACGACCCCAAGAACACGUAAAGCGCUUCACAGCUAAUGAAGUACUUUAGAAGUUUAGUCAUUGUAAUGUAGGAAACACCCAGUGGAUUUGCACACAGCAAGAUCCAACAAUUGUCUAUGAGCAGAUAAUCUGCUGUAAUGAUAUUUGUUGAGAUCUCCUCAAAUCACAAGUGCAAUUUUUACAAAACAUUACUUCUAGUUUUCCCUAAUGAAGAAAGUUAAUGGUCCUACAUGGACUACACAUCUAUUGUAAAUUCAUCUUUAGAGAGGUAGUGCAAGUGUUUUAUAACAAAAGAGCAGGUUUCCAAAACUAGGACAGUUUGCAUUUUAGUAUAGGAUGGAAGGCUAGAAUUAUGCCGAGGAUAAAUCCACCCCCUGCUCCAAACUGAUGGAUCGUAAACUUAUACCAAUCACUUAUGUGAAUCACAAAGGUCUGAGCACCCAUGGAUAUAACUUAUGUUAUAGGAAUUCCUUUUCAGUACCUUCACUAGUUGGAUAUGCAAUAUUUUAGAUUUUAAAUAAAGAAACAUUGAUCUA